CGAUCUGUACCUCUCCACGAUAUUCCACCAGCGCCCAGGAGCAACGAGCAGGAGGGACGCACAGAGCCGCGGGAAUUUAUUAUACGGACGUACUGCGCGGGUAUUUGCAUUGCUUUAGGGAAUAUACUGCGCUUCUAUAGUACUAACGGACAUACCAAACCAAGGCCCACGCAGCCACAAUGUCGACACCCGACCCCGCCUCCUCCCCCCUCGCAUCCCCCACCAGCCCCGCGCCAGCACCCGCACCAGCGGCGCGGAAAUCGCUGUUCAAGAACCGAAACAGGGGGGGUGCAGCGGCGGCGACGACGACGGAUGCGAUUGGCUUUUUCUCGCGGGCGAAGGAUGUUUUUGCGGAGAAUGUGGAGGUGGAGCGGAGGGAGCGGGAGAGGGAGAAAGAAAGGGAAAGGGAGAAGGAAUUACAGCGGCAGAUGGAAGAGGAGCGGGUGAGGGAACUGGAAAGGGCGAGGAGGGAGAAGAGGGUGAGGGGGGUUGGGAAGGUGGAGAGUGAGGGGGAGGAGGGGGAUAGUGAGAAUGAGAGGAGGAGGAAGAGGAGCCGGAGUGAGGACAGAAGCAAUACACCAGCCGGAGAAUCCGGGUACGGCGAUGAAGAAGAAUCAAGAUCGAUAGAGAGAGAGGGCAGCACACACUCCACCUACGGCAACUCCGUCGCAUCACCAGGCCCAAGUCAACGAACCACACGAAGCCAAGCACACAUAAUCUCCCUCAGCUCCGACGACGAAGACGACAAACCUGCCCCCUCCCCCCGCCCUGCCUACCACUCCGCCUUCUCCUCCCCGCCACCCAAACCUCACUCUACAAACCACGCACCAAUCGCCAUCCCCUCCUCCCCCCCCGCCAACCCCCCCUCCGACGACGACGAACUCUACGCCGACCUCAUCGCCGCCGCGCGGCGCCAACCAGCCACCACAGCUACCGCCCCCUCCAACGCCCCCGACCCAACCCUCACGAUCCUCAUCACUUCCCCCCUCCCGAACACCACCCCGCUCCUGAUCCGGCGCCGUCUCUCCCAGCGUCUAAAAGACGUGCGUCUAGCGUGGUGCAUGAGGCAGCCUCCGCACGCCGGCGCGGCUGGAGCGAGUAUUUUCCUUACGUACCGCGGGUUGAGGGUGUGGGAUACGAGUACGUGCGGGAGUAUGGGGGUGAAGAUUAGUCGUGCGGGUGGAGUGCUAGAUGAUGGCGGAGGAGCGGAGGGAGGAGAUGUGCAUCUUGAGGCUUGGACGAGAGAAGCGUUUGAGGCGUAUAAGGCUGCUGAAGAGACCAAGGCGCGGAAUGCGCAUCUUGGUCUCGAGAAUGAGGAUCAUGCUGUCAGUGGAGGCCCAGCGGCUGAGGCGGCGCCAUCGCAGCCGCAGCCACAGGAGGAGAAGUUGCGGAUUAUCCUGCGGGCGAAGGAUAUGCCGGAGGUGAAGUUGAGGGUCAAGGCUACGACGAAGAUAGCGGAUCUCGUGGCUGCGUUUCGGGCGCAGAGGGAGGCGGAGGUGGGGGUGAGGAGCGUGGAGUUGUGGUUUGAUGGGGAUAGGAUGGAGGAGGAUGAUUGUGUGGGGGAUGCGGAUUUGGAGGAUUUGAGUGGGGUGGAUGUUGUAGUUAGGUAGUGGGUGGGGAAGGGGGAGUUGAGUUGGGUUUGGGUGCUGGGCGUUUGAUACCAAGAUGAUGACUAGGAAGGAAAGAGCGGCCAUGGAAGGAACGCUGAGUAAUGGGAAAGCAAAAAUUUAACAAGGGAAAGAACGAUCAUCUAGUUUUGUUUACCUCCCUACGUUCCUUCCUAGGAUGGGAAACAGAUAUAUGUAUUAUGGUAACUCAACCCUAGCCAGAGAAAGGCCACCAAUAUUGAUUGUGUGAACCUAAUCUCACAACUACCUCACUCAGUCCACCACAUCUUAACGCAACAAGAACAGUUUUUAUAAAGUAC